AUGCCCACACUGCUCUCACGGGGUACACUCAAGCCAUCAAUCCCCGCUUAUGCCUCUGCGCUUUCAGCUUGGAAGAUCAUUCGAAACCUUCCACAAAGACUUCCCAUACUGGUCUCGAAGUUCGAUCAAAACGAGAUUGGCGUCCUCUCAGCGCGUGUAACUAUUGACAGCCAGAGAAGUCUGCUGCACAGUUUCUUGCGCGAACCGGACGAAGUUCGGUUCGCUGAGCCUCUGGGAGUAUCUCUCCAUGCUCUGAAGAAGAUCCGGCGCGGUGUCACGAUUUCUCUUGAACAGCUCGACCAGAUCGAGUGCUGCCUGUUGACCCUUCUCAAGCUGAUCAGUCGGGUGGUACUUAUCCUGACGAGUCUCGGCGAGAUAUCGCCACUGAUCUUCGACAUUUCUUGGGCGCAGACUGAGUAUCGAUGCACGGGAAUUGCUGGCUUCCGUCGCCGCCAGCCUUUUGGUCCCCCUCAAAGACUCCGGACUGCCCGGACAUUCCAUCCGUUUUGGGAAUUGUGGAACCUCCGAGCGUGGUCGCCGAGAGCUGUUGCUGGCCGUCCAUUGAUACUUUCAGGCGUGUUGAUUCAGGUUGCUAUUUGUUUCAACGGCAAGUUAUCUAGAUUUAGUAUCACCUCUACCGUUCCGAGCAUGGGGACCAUUGCUGCUCUAUAUAUCGAUAUGAUCGCAAAGGUGGUCACAUGUCCCGAUCAAGAAGCCUACUGUACUAGAGCCAAGGAGCCAGCUAACGUUGCAUCUGCUAGAUAUUGUCAGCUCGUACUAGGAGCUAGCAGCCGCUUCGUCUGUCAAGCGGUUCUUGUGUUCAGUCCUGACAAUGGCCCGCUUCGCAAUGCCGUUCUCGUAACACACUUUGUGAACGGGCUGACACCCCCUGGCGUCUGA